AUGGCAGACCAGCCCUCGCUGGCUUGGGCCGCGUCUUUCGCCGUCGCCGCGCCCGCUGCCACGGCCUCCAAGGACCUCAAAGGCGACAAGAUCAUCCUCCCCCAGUCGGCUCUCGAACAGCUCCUCGCCGCGUCCUCGACCUCGACGCGUUCCGCCCGCUCGACCUUCACCGCGUACGAUCGCUCCAACCCCUAUGCUUCCGCCUACGAUCGCACUCAGCAGCAUGCAUACUAUGCCGAUACGCAGCAGCAGCUUCCGAACCCGCUCAUGUUUCGACUCGUCAACGGGGCCAACGGAAACGUGGUGCAUGCUGGCAUACGCGAGUUCUCGGCCGACGAGGGCGAGGUCGCCCUUAGCCCGUACUUGUUGGAGGCGCUUGGUAUCGAACCCGGCGCCGCCUCCAGUCCGACGAACGGUGCCUCGUCGCCGGAGCAGGUCGAUCUCGCCAUGGACGACGCACCAUCGGGGCCGAGCAUCACAGUGCACGCCAAGCAGCUCCCCAAAGGCACGUACGUUCGCCUACGACCCCUCGAGGCGGGCUACAACCCCGAUGACUGGAAGUCCUUGCUGGAGCGCCAGCUCAGAGAGAGCUUUACCACCCUGACCAAUGGGGCUGUCCUCGAGGUCCGAGGCGUCAAGGGGGAAACUUUUCGCUUUCUCAUCGACAAAUUCGAGCCGGGUGGGGAUGGUAUCUGCGUGGUAGAUACGGAUCUAGAAGUGGACAUCGAGGCUCUGAACGAAGAGCAAGCCAGGGAAACGAUGCGGCAGAUCAUGACCAAGUCGCAGAAAGCACCAGGCGCUGCAGGAGGAAGUUCUCUUGGCCACGAUAUCAACAUAUGGAAACCCGUGGACGGCCAGGUGCUUGCGGGCGACUACGUGGACUACGAGUUGUCCUCGUGGAGUCGGUCGAGGCCCUUGGAGGUCACGUUAAGCGGCAUCGAGGACGACGAUGCGGUCGAUUUGUUCGUAAGUCCAAAAUCUCCGCGCCAGCGAGCCGAGCCUCGGCAGUCCGAGCAUGUAUUUGGCUGCUUCGGGGGUUCCUCGGACGGAGCCAAGUCCAUCACGAUACUGCCUACCAAUGUUGAGAUGGAGGGCGCCGAGAGCAUCUUGGUUUCCGUUCACGGAUACAAGGGAACGGGCUCGGAAUGCCUGGAGGCAUCCCCCCACCCAUUCACUUUGCGAGUCAAGUCCACCGCCGGAGAUACGCCAGCUCCGAUGGAGGCAAAGCGGCCUCAACAAUCGUCUCCAGACGAGGAGAAGUGCCCAAACUGUGGCCAAUGGGUUCCCCAACGGACUAUGGUGCUUCAUGAGAAUUUCUGCCGGCGCAAUAAUAUCGCCUGUCCCAAAUGCGCCACCGUCUUCCAGAAGAACUCAACUGAGUGGUCUGAACAUUGGCAUUGCCCCCACGACGAAGCUUUUGGUUCGUCGAGAGCGAGCGAAGCAAAGCAUGGUGAGAUUUAUCAUACCGAGCGGCAAUGCCCCUCGUGUCCUUUCGUCACAAACUCGAUCCCGGAUCUUGCCCGUCACCGGACCUCCCUAUGCCCUGGCAAGAUCAUUCUAUGUCAAUUCUGCCAUCUAGAGGUACCCCAGGAGGGAGAUCCGUUCAACCCAUCUGCAGACACUCUGCUCUCUGGGUUGACGGAGCACGAAGUUGCAGAUGGUGCGCGUACGACUGACUGCCAUCUCUGUGGCAAUAUCAUUCGACUGCGCGACAUGUCGGCUCAUUUGAAGCACCAUGAACUCGACAAGGCACAGCGACCAAGGCCCCCUAUCUGCAGGAAUGCCAAUUGUGCACGAACGCUACAUGGCGUCGGGAAAAAGGGCGUGGUCGGCGCUGGUACGCAGAUGGGUCAAGGCCCUGGAAAUGACCUUGGACUCUGCUCCAUGUGCUUCACGCCUCUAUAUGUGCAACUGCACGACCCUGAGGGCAAGGCACUACGCCGUCGCAUCGAGCGUCGCUAUUUGACCCAGAUGAUGCAAGGGUGUGGGAAGAAGUGGUGCGCAAAUGAAUGGUGCAAGACGGGCAGGGUCAACAUGGACCUAGAGGCGCGAAGUUCAAGUGCUUCGGCGGUGCUUCCUCUGAUCAAGCCCCUGAUGGAGACCGUGAGGGAUAUGGGCUCACCCAUGUACUUCUGCGUAGACGAGACGAACCAGAGGAGGAGAAAGCUCGCUGAGAUGAUCGAAGCUGAGAAGGGCUGGGACUUGGAGUGGUGCAUUGCCGCUUGUGAGGUAGAGGGGCCAAACCUGGACAAAGCCCGCGAGUGGUUGGGCAACUGGGCUCCCACUCGUACAGAAUAG